GUUCUGUCAAAAGACUGGAAAAAUCAACCCAAUAUCUGGAAGGGAGAACGAAGAUCAUGGGAUGAGAAAAUGGGACAUCCAGAAGCUGAUACAGAAUUGGACAAGUUUUAACAGCUUGAAAAAACUAGAGAAAAUCUUUGAAAACCUGAAGGAGGAUAGAGAGGAAUCAGAAUCCGAGGAAGAGGAGAAUAGAUCAGAUGAAGCAAAGACAGUUCCGGAAAGAGAGGAAAAAGGAACUGAUGAUCAGAAUUGUGAAAACAAAGAAGAUAACCUACAAGUUGAGGUGGCUGAACAGGAAACAACUUCAGAAAAAAACAAGUGGGAGAAAGAGCUUCAGAAAAAGGAGGAGGAGAUAAGAUAUAUCACUGUGGAGAAAGAUAAUUUGAAGACAAAACUGAACGAAAAGGAACAGGAACUGAGGAAAAUCACGGAGGAAAUGAUGAAUCUGGAGGAACGAAAUGCUACACUUGUGACCGACAAUUUCUGCCUUGCAUCAUCGGUGAAGGAGUUAGAGAUAAAAUUGAAGGAAUUGGAGCAAAUGUUGAGCCAAAAGACUCACACCUCAACAGCAGCUCAGCAGCACAGCUCCCCACCACCUACCUCUGCAGAAGAAAAAAAUGAAUCAAAUGGAGCUGCAUCUAAGGCUGCUGAAAACGCAGAAAAUAAAGAUCAAUCGACUGUUGAGGAAGCUCAGUCCCAUGGCAUCUGCACAGUCGAAGAAUGUGCAGCAGCAGCAGCAGCUCAAUCUCCACCUCACUGCACAGUGCAAGAAGAAACUCAAUCGACAACUCCAUCGCAAAAGAACUCACUGUUCCAGAGCCCCACACUGCGCGUGGCCUUCCACUUUGUACGUUGA